AUGUCGUUACGGCUGCUCAUAUCCUUCCUCUCUUUCCUCAGUAUCACAUUCGCAGCAUCGAUUGACAUAUCGGAACGACAAUCCACCGCCUGCAACAAUUCCCCUGACCUUUGUUCAAAACCAUAUAAUAGCAUCGCCCACCUUGGAGCCCACGACUCACCGUUCGUUCGAGAUGCCUCAACGGGGUUUUCCACGUCAGGAAAUCAAUAUUACAAUUCUUCCGUCCAAUUAUCUGCAGGAGUACGCUUACUCUCCGCUCAGAUCCACAAAUCAAAUGGAGAGUGGCAUCUCUGUCACACCUCCUGCGAUCUACUAGACGCAGGAUUGUUGUCAGAUUGGCUGAAAGAGAUCAAGGCAUGGAUGGAAAAUAACCCGAAUGAUGUCGUUACAAUUCUUCUUGUCAACUCGGACGAUGGCACUCCAUCGGAACUGGCCCAGGAAUUCACCACCGCCUCUGUCACCGACAUAGCAUAUGUUCCUCCCUCGCUCAGCACCCCUCCUCAGACAUGGCCGACGCUACAAGAACUUAUCUCAUCAGGCAAGAGAUUGCUGACCUUCGUGGCGAAUAUGCCUCCGAGUACCGUCACUUCUGACGAAGGAUAUCUCAUGGACGAAUUCACUUUCAUCUUCGAGAAUCCAUACGACAACGUCCAAGUCACAGACUUCACUUGCAGUCCCGACCGCCCUUCAUCCGUCCAAGGAAACAGCCAAGCUGCAAUCUCAUCCAACCGAAUGGCAUUGACGAACCACUUCCUUUACGAAGAGGGCCUCUUCGACAUCCAGACCCCCAAUGUCGACAACAUCACCAUCACCAACUCGCCCGGCAAUUCCGUGGGCAAUCUGGGCUAUGCCCUUUCAUCCUGCAAAACUGAUUAUGGCAAGCCCUCAACAUUCGUGUUGGUGGAUUUCUUCGACCAAGGCCCCGCCAUUGACGCCGUCGACGCCAUCAAUGGAAUCACGCCCGUCGGACGCACGGUCCCUCCUCCACGAGACACCAAGGAAGAUCUAGGCAGCCAGUCUUACAGCGAAGAAUCAUUCCAAGGCGUCGUCGAUCUGGCAAACGAUGUCAAGGACGGCCAGACGCCGAAACUCGGUGCUUGGAUCUGGGCCGCUGGGAAAUGGACCUUUGGCGGCAUUAAUUUGAGCGGCGGUGAUGUUUUGCAAAAGUGA